CAAUGUAAUUUGGCGCGAGAUUUCUCCUUUUACAGUAUGCGAGUGGUAGCCUGUCAUUGCGUCAACUUCCCAAACGUCUAAACGCGAGCCUUCCGUGCCCAUCUGCCGCCAAAACUCACGUCCUCUCAGGUUCAAUGCACAGGCUCUUCCCAACAAGUCGUUGGCAUCUGAAAAAUCACUUCCCCAACCUCAGAUUCGUCGUUACCUCCGCUCGUUCCCGCCAGUACACCGAUGCCCCGAACCCCGACUCCGAGCUCGACUUCUCUGGCAACAACGAUGUGCUUGGGGAGCUCGAGUCUUCGAAACCAAUCAACCCAUUUCCCCGAUUCGCUCCGGGGAUGGAGAAUAACUUCGAUCGGACGGGGCACUCUGAGUCGGCGGCGGCUCAGAUAUCGCAUCCGUGGCCCGAGUGGGUGGAUUUGAUGGUGCUUCUGUCGAAGGGAGGUUGCUUUGAUGCGGAGGGCAACCCGUUCCAGAGUGUGGAGUUGGGUCCGAAAGAAUCGAAUCUCAUUAGAACCGCAUGCCUGAAUUUCGCCCGCGACAGAUACGACGUUAUGAGGUAUUUGUCAAAGAAACAUAUUCAGGUCAUAGCGAGUGUGGAUGCCCCAAACACGAGAUGCAAAAGUGGUGAACUCCCCGUAAGCGCUUGA